AUGUACGAAAACUCUUUCAGAUUACGUGGUAAAACAUACGAUUACAAGAUUCAGUACGACCAUAUCAAGAAGUUCAUGGUUUUACCAAAGCCCGAUGAAUUACAUUUCAUGAUCUGUAUUGGUUUAGAUCCACCAUUACGACAAGGUCAAACUAGAUAUCCUUUCUUGGUUAUGCAAUUCAAGAAGGAUGAAGAAGUUACCAUUGAUCUGAAUAUGAUGGAAGAAGUGAUGGAGGAGAAAUAUGGAGGAAAGUUAGUUCAACAUUAUGAACAGCCAUUACAUGAAGUCGUCACACAAGUUUUCCGUGGUCUUGCUGGAAAGAAGAUUAAUCAACCUGCCAAGGAUUUCUUGAGCCACCACUCACAAUAUGGUAUCAAAUGUUCUAUCAAAGCCAGCGAAGGUUUCCUCUAUUGCUUAGAGAAAGCUUUCAUGUUCGUUCCAAAACCCGCCACAUACAUAACCUACGAACAAAUUUCAGUUAUAACUUUCUCCCGUGUUGGCGGUGCUACUUCCGCUUCCCGUACCUUCGAUAUCGCUGUCGGACUUAAAAAUGGAGCAGGUGAAACACAAUUCAGCAAUAUUAAUCGCGAAGAACAAAAGAAUCUAGAGGAUUUCUUCAAGAUUAAAGGUCUCCGAGUCAAGAAUGAGAUGGAUGAAGAUAAUACCGCUCACAUCGCCCUUCUUGAUAAUCCUGAUAUGCAAUCUUCGGACGAAGAAGUAGUAGCUGCUAGAGCCGAUAGAGGAAGUGCUGAUGAGGACGAUGAGAGCGUGGAUGAGGAUUUCAAGACUGAUACUGAGAGUGACGUAGCCGAAGAAUACGAUUCAGCUCAUGAAAGUUCGGGAACUGAUAGUGAGGAGGAAGGGGGUAGUGAUGCAGAAAGACCAGCUAAGAAAGCUAAGACUAGUUAA